GGCGGCUCCGGGGCCGGGGAGUGGCGGCGCCCGCGGUUGCGGCGGCUCCGGGACGAGCGGGAGGAGCCCGGAGAGCGACGUGAGAUGGGCCGGCUCCCAAACCAGUGGGGAGGACACUGCUUCUUAAUACAGCUGCUCAGAAGCACCACCGGAAGCUCAGCAGAUGUGGGCGCCCCAGCCAGCAGCAGAGAGGGGUGCAGGGGAGCCACAAAGAAGCCCCUUCUGAUGCCCCAAGGAGCAAGCCAACCCCUUCCAGGAGGCUCCAGGAACACCACAAAGCAAUAUGAAACCUGUUCAUGAGAGGAGUCAGGAAUGCCUUCCACCAAAGAAACGAGACCUCCCCGUGACCAGCGAGGAUAUGGGGAGAACUACCAGCUGCUCAACUAACCACACACCCUCCAGUGAUGCCUCUGAAUGGUCCCGUGGGGUUGUGGUGGCCGGGCAGAGCCAGUCAGGAGCCAGAGUCAGCCUGGGGGGUGAUGGAGCUGAGGCCAUCACUGGUCUGACAGUGGACCAGUAUGGCAUGUUGUAUAAGGUGGCUGUGCCACCUGCCACCUUCUCCCCAACUGGCCUCCCAUCUGUGGUGAACAUGAGCCCCUUGGCCCCCACAUUUAAUGUAGCGUCUUCACUGAUUCAACAUCCAGGAAUCCACUAUCCCCCAAUCCACUAUGCUCAGCUCCCGUCCACUUCUCUGCAGUUUAUUGGGUCUCCUUAUAGCCUUCCCUAUGCUAUGCCACCUAAUUUCCUACCGAGUCCCCUCCUUUCUCCUUCUGCCAACCUCGCCACCUCUCACCUUCCACACUUUGUGCCAUAUGCCUCGCUCCUGGCAGAAGGAGCCACUCCUCCCCCCCAGGCUUCCUCCCCGGCGCAUUCAUUCAACAAAGCCCCCUCUGCCACUUCCCCACCUGGGCAGUUGCCGCAUCACUCGAGUACUCAGCCACUGGACCUUGCUCCAGGCCGGAUGCCCAUAUAUUAUCAGAUGUCCAGGCUUCCUGCUGGGUACACCUUGCAUGAAACCCCAACAGCAGGUGCCAGCCCAGUUCUUACUCCUCAGGAGGGCCAGUCUGCUCUGGAGGCAGCUUCUGCCAAUGGACAGAGACAGCGAGAGCGAAAUUUAGUAAGACGGGAAAGUGAAGCCCUUGACUCCUCCAACAGCAAGGGUGAAGGCCAGGGACUGGUGCCAGUGGUAGAAUGUGUGGUGGAUGGACAGUUAUUUUCAGGUUCUCAGUCUGCGCGGGUGGAGGUGGCAGUGCCAGCACAUCGAGGGACCCCAGACACCGACCUCGAGGUCCAGCGGGUGGUUGGCGCUUUAGCUUCUCAGGACUAUCAUGUGGUGGCAGCUCAGAGAAAGGAUGAGUCCAGCCCCCUCAACCUGUCCCAUCAUAACCCCGACCAUCAGGGUGAAGGGCGAGGGUCAGCCAGGAACCCAGCAGAGAUGGCUGAGAAAAAUCAGGCCCGAGGGUUUUACCCUCAGUCCCAUCAGGAACCCGUGAAACAUAGACCUUUACCCAAAGCAAUGGUUGUAGCCAAUGGCAACCUGGUGCCCACUGGAACUGACCCAGGCCUGCUGCCCAUGGGCUCGGAGAUCCUGGUGGCAUCAAGUUUGGACAUGCAGGCCAGAGCCACCUUCCCAGACAAGGAGUCAACGCCACCCCCCAUUACCUCCUCCCACUUGCCCUCCCAUUUCAUGAAAGGCGCCAUCAUCCAGCUGGCUACAGGGGAGCUGAAGCGGGUGGAGGACCUCCAGACCCAGGAUUUUGUGCGCAGUGCCGAAGUGAGCGGGGGGCUGAAGAUUGACUCUAGCACAGUCGUGGACAUUCAGGAGAGCCAGUGGCCUGGAUUUGUCAUGCUGCAUUUUGUGGUUGGUGAGCAGCAGAGCAAAGUGAGCAUCGAGGUGCCCCCCGAGCACCCCUUCUUUGUAUAUGGCCAGGGUUGGUCCUCCUGCAGCCCUGGACGGACUGCACAGCUCUUCUCUCUGCCCUGCCAUCGGCUACAGGUGGGAGAUGUCUGCAUCUCUAUCAGUUUACAGAGCUUGAACAGUAACUCAGUUUCUCAGGCCAGCUGUGCUCCCCCAGGCCAGCUGGGUCCUCCCCAAGAAAGGCCUGAGAGGACAGUCUUGGGACCCCGAGAGCAAUGUGACAGUGAUGGGAAAAGCCAACCGUCAGGAGAGGGCUCCCGAAUGGUAGAGCCCUCACAGCCGGAGCCUGGUGCUCAGGCCUGCUGGCCAGCCCCGAGCUUCCAAAGAUACAGCAUGCAAGGGGAGGAGGCACGGGCUGCGCUGCUCCGUCCCUCUUUCAUUUCACAGGAGGUAAAGCUGUCCAUCGAAGGGCGUUCCAAUGCGGGAAAAUGAACCUCUCCCAGACCCAGACUGGGGAUUACCCCAGAGCUGGGCCUCACCGUGACCAGGCAGAGGAUUUGCACAUGCCGAGCAGGGAAUGGCUCUCUUGGCAGUGAGGCUGGGGGGAAGAGGAGGCACGAAGGUAGCCUCCCAAGGCAGGGUCUGUUGCCUAUUACCCCAUGGCAUCCUUUCAGGACAGCCCCAAAGGAUGCUGUGACGGGCAGCAGCAGGCCUGGGCCAAGGAAGGAAGAGGUUGCAUGCAGGAUAAGAAACAUUCCAAAUAUCUGGGCCUCCCUGUUCUUUCCUCCCCAUCCCCAGCUCCUGCAAGGGGAGAGUCAGGCUUUGGGAGCAGGUGGCAGAGGGAGGGAGCAAAGAAAGAGCCAAAAAUGAUGAUCCACAGCUUAUAGUAGCAGUUCAACUGUCUGAAGUUUUUUCUUUCCUUUUUGUGAUGGGAGGGCAGGAGGCCCCAUGGUUGGAAAUAAGAGGGUUCUCACCCAGAACUCUUCUUUUGAGAGCUGUGCACUUUAAAGGGUGAUUUUGUUACAGAUGUUUGUGGCUGGGUUUGUGGGGGACUCUGCUUCAUCCUCUGCUUCAGCCCUUUCCUGUCUCUCCCUACCGUUCCUCCCACAAGGCUUCUAGCACCAGAAUAGAGCAGCCCCUCCAGGGUUCAGAGUGAAGUAUUGCCUUGGCAGGGGCCCAGUUGGGGAACUAUGGAAGAAAAAUCCAAUGGCCAGGCUGACCGGGCUCUAGGCAGGGCUUCUGCAAAGGUAGCUGACCUAACAGCUCCUCCUACUCAGCAUGCCAGACCCAUGUUGAAAUUAUGUGAAUCUCUAGUUGGUAAUGGUGACUUUUGAAAGAACCAGUGGACCCUUUUCCCCAGGUCCCUACAGCCCCUCCUCUGUCUUGUCUAUGUUGUGCCUAAGUGCCUGCGCUGCCCCCACCCUUCUGCUGCCCUAACCUCUCUGCAUGGUGUCUUGACCUGGGCCUAAUUUGUAGCUGUGCUGCCUCUCCCCUUCUGCAAAACUAGUUUUGUCCACUCUGACCAAGACCUAUAGUUUUUGGUGUGUAGGGGGCUCUCUGGUCUCCCUUUCAGUUAUAUUCUCUAUUUUUAAAAACUCAGAAUCAUGUCCCCUCUUCUUCUGCAGCUGAACUGCUUGGUGGAGCAAGAAGGGAGCUAUACCCUGAGUCAGGGCAAGUCCAGCUGAAUGGGCAUUGCCCAUCCUUCAUUUUUACACAGUCCCUUUCCCAGCAUUCCGGCUUCUCUAAGCUGUCCCCUCCCACAGCCAGCUCUGAGGUUCUGGGAUAGUCUUGAUAAUGUUUCAAUACCUGAAAAGUCUAGAUUUCAUUGCAUGGUGGAGUAUUUCUCUGUAGAGUAUUUUCAAUCUUAGUUGCAUUUGCCCCCCUGUGUCUUAAGCCCACUUCUCCUUCACAGCUUUUAGCAUCAGCUGGGACUGUGGGAUUCCACUGGGUAUUGAGAAUGAGGCUCCCCCAUCAGCUUUCAGGUGGGUGGGUGGGUUUUUUGUUUGUUUUUCGGGGGUCUUUAGACUCUUGAAGCAACUCAGGGUAUUGUCCACUCAGCUCUCUGGUGAGGCUUCUCCCAGGGUAUAACCCUGGCAUUUCCUUUCGAGAUGGACUGGCCAAGGCCUGUCAUCACGAGUCCCAAACCUCUGAGAUCUGAUCUCUUCUCUGUCAAAGACUCUGCAAGUCUUGUGACCUCUCGCUCUUUCACUUCCUCCCCAGCUGCCAAAUGGGGAUAAAUAAUCUUACCUACCUCCUGGGGGGAGGGGGAGUUCUGAGAAUGGAGUCAUUCUUAGUGUUCAGGUGCUAAAGGUUGUUCUCCUGGGGGAACAAAAUGACUGAGACUGGCUUGUUUGCUACAAGCCCUGCACUCCACUGUUCCAUUCCUUGAGAACAGCUACCUGUCAGCGUUGAAAGGCCUGUCCAAAGGAAGCUGCUGACCUGACCACCAGUACUUAAGUCUCUGGUUCACCUCAGAACCAAACAGCAGCCCUGUCUGGUGAACACUCAGCCGUGUAUGCAUUUGGGAUUAUGUCCUCUCCCUUCUCUGUCCCCAUUCUCUCUGAAUGCUGCUUUCUCUGGCUUAUUUCCUACAGUGGGGGCCUGUGGGGCUGAGUCUUGAGGAAUCCUCUCAGAUGAUGGCCCUGGGAGAAAGCCUCAUUUCUGGCUUUUCUGUAAACAACUCAUUCCUAGUUUCUCCUACACGGGUUUCUCAGAAACAUCCUUCCUCGUUAGGAAGGCUCAUCAACUAAAUUUGGUGACAGGCACACAGUAGGCACUCAAGAAAUACCCACCAAGGAUACUAACUGAGCUUCCUCCUUAUGGGAGCAAACCUAUAUCUAACCAGAUACAGGCCAAGUAGUUUAAAUCAAAUAACCCUCCACUUCCCAGCCUGAUAAGUCCCACUUAAUCCUGGAAAGAGAAAAUCUUGUGCACCUUGGCAAAUUGGGCCCUGAACUUACUGCUGCUGUUCCUCUUCUGUCUCUUGCUGGUGAAGCAAUUCCAGAAGCUCCCCUAAUACUGUGCCAUGCAUAUGUAUUAUGUUAAUACUUGAUUUUGCUGAGCUGCAGGGGUGUCUGGUAAAGUAUGGUCUCCUAGGGAAAGAAGCUCUGUGCUUGAAAUCUUGGUCAGAGCUAUGGCAUUUCCCUUACCUUUUCCCUCUGGUUCAGUCUUUUCUUCCAGGCAUAAGGAAUGAGAGUAUGUGUCCAUUCUUCCUUACAAAGAUUUCAUAAGUUUUAUUAUAAGAGACCUAAGAGCGGUUUUGAGAGGGUAAGCAUUUGGUGAGAAGCAUUUAGGGAAUGGACAAUUGAAGAAGGCCAAUUCCAGUGGUAGGACAGUCCCAAGUUUAGGGAUAGAAAGGAAGACUGCUGAGUCUCGCACUAAACAGAAAUGACUGUACCAAUUUGGGAGUAGGGGAACCGUGUGAAGGACAGGUAAUACAUCCGAAUCUUGGAUUACCAUUCCUAUCAAGACUAGUGUGCACAAAGGAGGCGGGGGUGGUGUGGCGGUGGGGAAGGGGAAACUGGGAGUUCAGAGCUGGGCACUUGUACCCAAGGGGAGGGGCCUCAGUGGAUCUGUACUGACCCUUCUACACUCUUGGUCCCAGGUGGUCGGAACGCCAAGGGCUUUGGUCUGUGCUGCUUUGCCACGGCUGCUGUCUGCUCUCUGUCUUGCCUGCUGCCCUUUGUAGCUCCCUGUCUUUCUAUGUCUUUGGCCAUAUAGAUGAAAUCCAGGCUUUCUGUCCAUUCUUACAUGUGCAAGUGUUACAUUAUAGCUAAGUAGUGUUGAGUAGGGAUAGUAUGAAAUGCUGCUGGUGGGCUGGUGAAUCCAAAGGGAUAUGGCUUCAGUGCUUGUUGGGAGCCCUUUGGCUCCAAAUAUCUGACUCUCUUGAGAGAGAGACAAGCAGGUCCUAUUAGUGGGUGUUUUCUGUGCGUUAACUUCUUUCCUUUGUGAUAUUUUGUAUCCUGAUUUAAAAACUGAAUGAUGGGGAACCAGGUUAGGGCCUGUGUCAGCAUCCCAGGGAAGUUCAUAUGGCUCCAGUUAUAUGGAUUCUGGGGUUGGGAGAGGGUUUGAAGUUUGAAAUAGCCCCUCAAGUAGGGUUUAACUUUAUUUUCACCCCUGGGCAUCAUAGAAGAUGCACAGGGUGGUGGUAUGAUUUAAACCUGUAACAAGCAGGCAUGUUGAAGAGUUGAGUGAUCACACUGGAGAUAAAGGGUGAACAUGGGUUGACUGGGAAAGGGCCUGGGUCCAUCGGAGUAAAGAUAACCUGAUUGAUUGAAUUGGCCAUGGGAGAUUAGGUCACAGUCUUAAAAACAAAGUAAAUAGGGCAGAGGCCAAGUUUUAGGGAGACUUCAUGGCCUCCUAGGGCUAAGUUUACUAAAUCACACUGAAGCUACAAUACUUUCCAGAUGGGAAAAAGUGUACACUACAGUCGAAGAGCUAAACCAUGCUAGGUUGGAUGUUGACCAGGAACCUAUUAGCCCUUAGCUGGGAAGCCUUCACCCUCCAGCUUCCUGGGAUAGGGAAGGCCUCCCACAUUAUGCAAUAAUAAAAUAAGCAUCUGGGUCUUUGCAGCUGUCAGUGCUCUUUCAACUCUAGGAUCCAUCUUUGGGCCAGAAGCCUGAUUUGGGCUUAGGAUGACUCUGGCCCUUGAGAUGCUAGAGUCGACUGCACUCUCUCCUUACCUGCAGACUAUGCACAGUGCCUGGGGCGGAAGGAGGAGAGGUGGUGUGGUUUGCCCUGCUGAGCCUCCCCAGCAGGAACAGUAGUAAUAAAUGCACUUUUCACACUAAGAUUUCUUUAUUAGUUCUCCUGUUAAGUCUAGAUCCUUCCCUGGUAGGUUGCAAACUCAAGUCUGUGUGAUCCCCAAGCCAUUCAACUGCAAAUGCCCAGCAGUGAAGAUGGUCUCAAAUUGGGUUCCUGUCUGCAGUGUGUGUGGCAGCAGCCCAUGUGCCUUUACCUGUUGUCAAACUUGCAAGCAUUUAUUUCUGUCUUUAUGACUGUCAUGGGGACUGAGGUUCUUGAGAGAGAGAGAGAGAGAAUGGGCGCGAGCGAGCUGAUGACAGUGGUUUUACACCCACUCCCCGGACAGGGAGUUUGCACGUAGUUGUGAGAUGUGAGUGGUUAGUGUAUCGCUGGUGUUGCUGAAGGCAGGGUUCAUCCCUCAUUUGCUUGACAGUCACAUUCAAGAGAAGCUUGUGUUGGGGAAGAGGCUGUACUCGUGGCAAACUUGAAGUAUUAAAAAUAAAGCUGUCCCCUACAACCUUCCUAGUCACACACAGGAUCCCUGUAGCCAAAACAGUAUAUGUUCCAGCUGCAGAGAGCAGACUGCUCUCAGCUUGCACAGCACCUUAGGGGAGGGAAGAAUCUAUGGAUAGGGAAUGGGGUGGAGAAAGGAGGUUGGGAAUGUUGUCAUCCAGGUGGCUUUAGGGUCCUGAGGAGUAGAGAAGGACGGCACUGGGGAGGUCUGAUGGAUGGAUCUGAUUUGUGUAGGAGUUCCCUGUAGAUAAAAUUAUUGAUCCCCCAACUACUAUCCCCAGUAUGUAAUGGCUAAAUUAAUAUGUAAUCAACUGCAUUGUAUCUAAAGCCUUAGAACUAGUCAGGUGCUCCCCCCACCCAGUACCAUUUCUUACCCUCUAAUCCUACCUGAUCUUUAACAAAGCAUUAAUAAUUCUAAGGAUAAUCUCUAUUUUGUUGUGCUUUUUUGUAACUGUUUUAAAUAAAUCAAUUUGUACUGUAUAUUUGUACUUUUGUGAGAUCCUUUUUGCUGUUUUACCAUUUUAAGUCUCUGUACUUGGCUACACAUACAGAUUGUAUUUUUUAUUGUUAAUGCUCUUCUUAUGGAUACCUGCAUUUAACUUGUGGACUAUGUAAACACAGUAUAUAUCAUUAUCUAUAUAUCUAUAUAUCUAUCUAUAUAAACUACUAGCUUUUC